AUGUGCUUCAGUGAGUACAUCGGAUACGGCUGCGGCCACACUACAGUUGCCGUCCUACGUCCUUGCCCGCUGACGACACAUCUUCACACGAACCCGGUGUGCCCCAGCCCGGCACAGCGCCCGACCCAGGUCCAUACCAUGUGUCCGUCGUGUGCUCGCAUCCUACACACCCGCUGGGUCGAGAUCGUCACGCUGGAACACCAGUGGAUGCACGAACGCGGCGUGUGCGGGUGUCCCGUGGUGUUCCCAGCUCUGCAGGAGCCAAGGAUUGUUGGUGGCGAGCGGCACGAGGCCGGCUAUAGCAGCGACGGCGGCGAGGAUCAACAGGUCCAGGCGAGCAACGCACAAACUGUUCAUAUUCCUUCGGGCACCGGACCUGUGAUGCUCGAUCCGGAGAGCUACUCCCGAGCCAUGCCGGGCAAGGAACAUGCUGUUGUUUUAGCACCAAAGGCCGUCAACAGCUCAAGCGAUACCCCGGCACACCCGAAGCCUAAAAACAAGGGCAAAGGCAAAACUAGAUCGAAGCACUCGGGACAGAAUACGAAAGCGAAGGCCAAUCAGAAUCAGAAACCCCAUGCGAUGGCUUGGAAUCGAAACAUCUCCCCUAUCGUCGACAUCACCCAAGACUACGGCACGGGGAACAAGAUCGCCGUGCGUCUCUCGUCUCAGUAUGGCGCCGAAUGGAUCCCGGAUCACGCGCAGCUGCACGCCGCGGGCAAGUGCGAGUGCGCCGUGGCGUUCGAGACGUAUAAGCCGCACUCGAUAACGGCGGUGGACCUCGCAGCCGCGCCCGAGUGGGACAUGCAGAAGCCCAUCAAGGCACUGCACACGCCGACCUUCCGCCGCAACGACCUGCUGAUAUGGAAGAUCAACGAGGCGAACCCCGGUAUGCCCCAGAUCCCGUGGCCCAUCCAAAUGGAGGAGUUCGGCUUCACAUGUUGCGCCGAGGCAGAGGCGUGUCUGGAGGAGCAAGAGAGAGCGGCAGCAGGUCAAGCCUCAAAGGAAGAUGAAUUGCUGCUCAGCCAGAUCCCGCAGUUUGGUCAACGAGGUCCGUUCCCCUAUCCCGCCGCCGCAUACGGCAUCGAGGGUGCUGCCCAUGGUGGCAAUGGCACCAGUGCGCAGCGCUCGGCGGCAGUGGGUCGGGAGCAGCAGCCCGCACACGAUUCCUUCAUUGCAAUUCCCAACGAACCCAUCUUCUGUCCGCAGGGAAUCCCGCUUGUUGGUUGGCCACUUGGCGCCGGCCCAGAAGGCGGUAGGGAGAAUUCGCACUCACCGGCGUGGAACAUGUGUUCCCUAUCUCGCCCCAGAAUCAAGAGAUCCUGCUCGUUGACCUUUUGA